AUGGUAUCGAUCAUAGGUACCCCGGUGCCGGAUAUUUCUCUUGUCAACUAUGGGAAGUGGCGCGGCCUUUUCGACAAGCUCAUCGCCACAUAUCUGCGCGAUGGCGCUGGGGUCGAGCUCGCUCGACGCGCCGAUCGGGCGCUCAAGCCCUUUGUUGAGGGCCCAGAGAGCAGUAUUCCCUCAUUCACGGUCAUCGAGGCUGUCAUACGCCAGCUUACUAGAGAGGAAUUCAGCUUCCCAAGGCCCGUUUCGUUUGGCAGAUACGUCCUCGACAGGGCCUCUCUCAAGCGUAUCACCACCAAGAGCGCGGGCAUUGCCCACGCACGGGAGCUCUACAACAUCUUCCCAAGUGGGAAUGGCACGGGCAAUCAUACCCAGUUCCUCCAGCUGCUCAAAAGAAUUGGCAUCCGUGACAGCGAUAAUGGAAAUACACCAACUUCGACAGUGGCGUAUCGACCACCCGAGCACAUCGCCGGGAACUUCCCCAAGGGCUUGAAGAGGCAACUGAAUGCUGAAGACGAGGGUCACGACUCGAAGCGGCUUGUGAGCCCUGCCUGUAAGCCGAUUCCGAGUCCACCGGCGCACAUGCCAUCUCCAUCGGUGUUGUCAGCAAAGACCACCGCGCAAGACGGCAUGCUUGGGCCGAUGGUCUCGCACUUCGCAAAGGUCACGGAGGAGCAUCAGCAGCAAAAGGUAAAGCUCUGUGUGCGGGUCACUGAGCUUGAAGGUAUUAUCAAAGCCAGGGAUAUUGAGAUUCGGGGCUUGAGGGCUGCCAAUGAGCUCUUGAGAGACGACACGGCAACCAAUAUCGGCUCCGAUGAUCGCGUCGCCUUUCAGAUUUGGAGAGCCAAGAUGUUUGCGCACCGCGAUCAGUUCAAGGAGCAGAUUGGCGAAGCGAUCGAGCGCUUCACAGACCUGAAGAAUCGGGUUGAUGGAUCAACCCCAUCAUUCAUGGAGAACGAUCUGGAAGAUGGAGAGGUCAGGGAGUGUUGA